GUGAGGGGGACUGCUCCCACGCAUUGCCCGCCGCGCCUUGCCGCCCGCCUCGCGCCAGUCAGCAACUGUGGCUCGUGUUGGCUAAACCAUCUCGUAGGGCCAUCUUCUAAUUCUUGCAGUAGGACACCCUAAACCAACACAACAACAAUGGCGGAUGAUGAAAAAAAGCGUCUCGAGGAGGCGAAGAAGGCCAAACAGGCCGAAAUCGACCGCAAGCGCGCUGAGGUGCGCAAGCGCAUGGAGGAGGCCUCCAAAGCCAAAAAGGCGAAGAAGGGUUUCAUGACACCUGAGAGGAAGAAGAAGCUCAGGUUGCUGCUGCGUAAGAAAGCCGCCGAAGAGUUGAAGAAGGAGCAGGAACGUAAAGCUGCUGAAAGGAGGCGCAUCAUCGAGGAGAGGUGCGGUAAACCUAAGAACAUUGACGACGCCAACGAAGAUACUAUUAAGAGGGUUUGCAAAGACUACCAUGAACGCAUCGCUCGUCUUGAAGAUGAAAAAUUCGAUCUGGAAUACAUCGUUAAAAGGAAAGAUAUGGAGAUCUCCGACCUGAACUCCCAAGUCAACGACCUCAGAGGCAAAUUCGUCAAGCCCACACUAAAGAAGGUUUCCAAAUACGAAAACAAAUUCGCCAAGCUCCAGAAGAAGGCCGCCGAAUUCAACUUCCGUAACCAAUUGAAGGUCGUGAAAAAGAAGGAAUUCACCUUGGAAGAGGAAGACAAAGAGGGCGGUGCCGGAGGCAAGAAAAAGCCUGACUGGUCGAAGGGCAAGCCGGGAGAUCAGAAGGUAAAAGAAGAAGAGGUUGAGGCAUGAACAUCAUAAUACCCAAAUCAUUAAGACCUUUCACCAACUGUCAAUAAUUAUGUGAUGUGCCCUAUAGUGUGUCUGUCUGCAAAGAGACUUAAAUUUUAUUUAUCUGGCUGCUUGCGCUGUGUCUAUGUGUGAGCAAGCCAGAUAUAUAAGUAAAGUUUAAGCAGUUACCUGUCCUAAGUUACCAGUCUUUUUGUGUCUUCCAACGGGCAUCACUUAACGUAUAUCAUGUAACGACCAAAUUGAAUUAACGCGAACACGUAAAAAAAAGAAAAUAUUUAUUUACCACAUUGAAUAAUGUUUUUGUAAGAUAAUGAAUACGUUUAAUAAAUGAUAAUUUUGUCUACUUAUA